GCCGCCGUCACUGCCGCCACCGCCACCGCCGCACCACCGCACACCACCGAACAACCAUCCCGACUGCCACGGCCGUCGACGACGAGUGACUGAGUCCUCCGAUUAUUAUCUCAUUUGCCGGCACAGCCAGCAGCACGCGUCGCCGCCGCACGGCGCGCUCUUCCGAGCCCGUACCGGAGAUCCAUAGAUCAUCCGCUGCGCCGGCCGAGCGUCCCCGUCGGAUCGUCCUAUCCGAAGAGCGACCUCGAGACUUCGCCGAGUCCGUCGCGUGUGCAGCUGCCGCGAUGACGACGACCACCGGCGAUCCGUCGACCCUGAAGACUCCGGCGUCGUUGUCGGGCGGCGACCUGGUGUCUCGCCUGUUGGCGGCCACUCCGCCGUACCUGUACAACGUGCCGCUGACGCCACACAGCUUCUUCUUCAGCGAGAUGUUGCGGUCCUUCGUGCAGGCUAAGGCGGAGGCGCCGUCGGCCAGCGGCGGCGGCGGCGGCGGUGGCGGCGGAAGUGGCGGCGGCGGCGGAAGUGCCGGCGGUGGUAGCGGCGGUGCGCCGAACGCGUCGCGACGUCGCAAGCGCUCCUGGCGAGACGCCCGGGACCGGCCGCUGGAGCUGACGACGAAGGAACGGCCGCACCACCACCACCACCACCACCAUCAUCAGCACCCGGACAAGUACUUCCACACGACGCAGCAGCCGCCUCAGGGGCCGCCGGACGCGCGUCUGGAGAACGAGGCGAAGCGCGGCGACGUCUACUCGGACACGGAGAGCAAGGUCGGCGCCUACGAGCAGAAGCCCAACUUCGGCGCCGACAUCCUCAAGCCUAUCGACGAGAACAAGAGCGAGUUCCCGCGGCAGCACGGCAAGAGCUUCUACGACGAGCGGCCGCGGCACUUCGAGCAGGCGCAGCCGCCGGAGAACGUCUUCCCCGGCGGCGAGCCACGGAAAGUAAAGCCGGAGGAGUCGCAGCAGCUUGAGCGCAGGAGCUGCAACUUCGUUGACAGCGGCAGGAGCUACGACGAUCGCAACGCGAAGAGCCUGCAGGUUGCGGGCCAGCAGCAGCAGCAAGAGGUGCCAGUGCAGCUGCCGGAGCAGAAGAAGCUGGACUUCUCGCGGGGUUUCCUGCCGGGGUUACCGGCGGCCGCCAGGGGCUGCGAGAUCCUCCAAGGUGUCAAGGGCUUCGCCCUGCCCGGCAACUUGCCAGGCGGCCCGGACUUCUUACCCGGUCCGCUCUGGUACCCGCCGUACCCGAUGCCGCAGUCCUACCCCGGCAUCGACCCCCUGCACUUCUUCAUCGAUCUUCGCGUGUCCGGCCAUAUCUGGGAUCGCAAGCACAGCGAGCGGCAGCUGCCUUUCAAGAGCAAGCACUGCUCGGCCUUCAGCGUGCCGCAGCAGUCGAAGGAAUACAACGGCAACCGGCCGUUGAAUCUCACCCGGGACGAGGCGACGACGUCCAAGUGCCAGGCCGACGAGAACACACGGGGCACCAAUUACAUCCUGAAGCAUCUCACCAAGACGUACCGGGACAUACAGCAGACGAGGGACGCGUCGUUCACGGAAAACGAGGAGAACUCCAAGGAGUCGCACGAAGCUGGCGAUGAGGACGUCGCGAAGGUGGAGGACUCCGGCAGCGCGGCGGCCGCCAGCCCGGAGGAGGAGCGGAAGGAUCUGCGCGCCUUGAUCGGCCUCGAAUUAGUGGUGGACUACGUGAAGGAGCCGAAGGGCGACCCGCCGGCCGAGCAACAGAUCUCGCAAGUAACGGAAUAACUCGCCGCGACGUUGCGCGGACUCGCAGAGGAACGCGGCCCGGUCUUUCCGCUCUCUAAUCGCUAAGAUAGUCGUGUAGCGUCGUUAAUCGCAUCCUCCGUUCGACACCUCCACGAAUUCUGCACUCGAUCGCGCCACCGUCUCGCCGUAAUGUAGCACCUCACCUGAUCUCACCUCACCUCACCUCACCUUACCUCGCCUCAUCUCGCCUCACCUCGCCUCACCUCACCUGACCGACGAGUCACACGUCGCGCAAGAUCGCGCGUCGAAGGCCCGAUCUCCCCUUUUACUUACAGUGUGUAUGUGUGGGUACGUGUGUAUAUGUGUGUAUGUGUGUGUGUGUGUGUGUGCGCGCAUGUGUGUGGGUGUGUGCGAGGUAUCCGUCGUGCGACGAUCGUAGACCGCUCGUUGUUCGCCCGAACGUGAUCGUCGCGGUUUCCCCCAUCUUUUCCCAAAGCGCGAAAAUUUCUCGUGCCGAGCAAGAGGGAGAGGCAGAGGGAGAGAGAAAGAGAUUCACACCGCUACUCAUCCUAGAGUCUCGUAGAGUCUUUGUCGCACUUUUGCAUACGUCUUCGGAGACGCCGCGUUUCGAACGUGUCGCAGUUAUCGCUUGCUCGAAUCGACGACGGUCAACGACGUUGUCUUCGCCGGCACGAUUCUGCACAUUUGAUAGCGCGGAGCGGCUCAACCGUGGAGAGAAAGAGAGAAA